CCCCCACACCUCCUCCUUCCCCAUGCCUACCCCCUCUAAGCCCCUCAGCCACUCCUCCAGAGUUAAUGCAGCCUCAACAUGAUGCAACCCUGUAGGAGUGAGCCCAUUGCGCACUGAGCAGCAGACUCACUCUUUAAUUUAUUCUUUUUCAUUAUUUGUCAUAUUUGCAGCAAAUAUUUUAGAUAACCAUAUUCCUCUUCUGCCUGUUUGCUGUGAUCCAGUCUUGUCCUCUUAUCAGGAUAUGUGAUCAGUAUUGGAGAGAUCUGUUAGGGCCAAUGUAUCAGAUGUUAUCUGCUUGAUCCACAUGGGUAAACCUACACCACAAUUUGGUGGGUAAUACCACCGGCACCAAAAUUAACUGGCCUCUUGGUGCAGCUGAGAUGCACUUCCGUCCUAGAGAGGCUGCAUAUCCCAUAAUGCAGUACGGCAGAGCCCGAUGAAUUCAACCAGUGGGCUGCUGAGUAGGAAAGAAGCUGCUUCGCUUCCCUGCGUCCAUCAAUAAUUAAAAGGGACAGUGACAUGAGCAGGGAGAGAGAGAGUAGAGAGUUGGAGGCAGUGAGCGAAGGUUCCUGGGACAACAGAAGAGCGAAGAGGUUGAGCUUCUCUAGAGUGGACUGACAGACUGACAAGAAAAACAGGAGAUAAAAGAAGUUACAGACGGGAUAACGUGGAGGAACAGUGGAGGAGGGAGAGGACUGGAACAGAUCUUGGGAGACAAGAACUGGGGAGACAGAGGGGGUGAAGAGGUGGUGGUGACCAUCAGGGCUUAGGUGGUGGAGCAGGUGUAGAUGUUGCCAUGGUGAACACCGGCCUGCAGCUGAUCUGCUUCACUUGUGCGGUGGCGGGCUGGAUCAUGGCGAUCGCCGUGACGGCACUGCCCCAGUGGAAGGUCACCGCCUUCAUCGGAAGCAACAUCCUGACCUCGGAGAUAGUGUGGGAAGGCAUCUGGAUGAACUGUAUCUACCAGACCACGGGUCACAUGCAGUGCAAGACAUACGACUCCAUGCUGGCACUGCCGUCAGAUAUCCAGGCUGCACGGGCCCUCAUGUGCAUCGCCAUCUUCCUGGGCUGGCUGUCCUGCACCGUCACCUGCUGUGGCCUGAAGUGUACGACCUGUGCCGGCGAGGACCGCAACGUGAAGGCCAGCAUUGCUCUGACGGGCGGCAUCCUGUUCAUCGUCACGGGCCUCUGCGUGCUGGUGCCCGUCUCCUGGGCCGCCAACAAUGUGGUACGGGACUUCUACAACCCUGCGGUGCCACUGGUGCACAAGCGUGAGCUGGGCCAGGCCAUCUACCUGGGCUGGGCUGCCGCCGUCAUGCUCAUACUAAGCGGCGCCGUGCUGAGCAGCUCGUGUCCGCACCCUGACCGAGGCUACCGACGCGGUUACGAGGGUCGCGAUUACGCUGCAGGCCGGCCCACGGAUCCGCCCAAGCCCAUCUCCAACAGCACGCAGCCCGUGAAGGAGUAUGUCUGAGCCUCGGCAGAGGCGUGUACGGCUGCAGCGAGGCGCCCGACAGCGCUGGAGGUUUUCUGUCACAGAUGAUAUUGUGUCAUCAUCGUCUCCUACGGUGCAGCUAUUUUUCACUCUACUUCAGAUCUCUAAUUUGUCUGUAUAUUUGUUGAUUUGAGAUGUUGACUUUUGUUUUAUUUCAGUAUGUGGAGGUUUUUUUUGUUGAUGAUGUUGGCUUGUGGACAGACAUAAUGCAGCGUAUCUAGACAGGAGGUUAUACGAAGCUCCCACGUUCGCCUCAGAAUGUAACCUAAUGCUUCUUGGGGGAGCCCACGUUCGUUUGGUGUCUUUAUAGGAGGUUCUGUGGCUUCUGUAUCAAUGACCCUGCAAGUUUUCACAGCAAAGGGAAACGGAGCCUGACUUUCUGUAAACACCUGCUUUCAUUAGGGCGUGUUACGUUUGGAGGAGCGGGAACAUGCCACUGAACACACAAUGGGUAAAGUACCUGGUCCACAAGCUGUUUGUAACCAGAUCAUUCUAGAAAUACUACCUAGCAGUGUGACCUUUGGGCUGCCAGCGAAGCGUGAUGUGUUCUCAGUUUACCCCAGUGCUCUGCCUGCCUUCACAAGUGUUGCCUACUGGCAUGUAGAAAAUAAGGAUUUCAAAUGGAAAAUAAACCAAUUUGUGAAAAAUCAGUUUUCCUCAACUUAUUUUCUAUUAUGGAUGAUUCCUACGAAUUUUCUCCCCCUCAUUGAUUAAACUGCCAAAGUUUUGAGCCUUAUAGUUUUACACUUAGUACUUUACUAAUUGGUUUAACGAAAUCAUGUCCUGUGUAGAGUAGUGUAAGCUCGUCACCAUUUUGUGCUAAGUUAGUUUUUUAUAGUAAAUAACACACU